GCAGCCAAGGGGGGGUUAAAGAGUGAGAGAGCACACACUUUGUAUAUAAACAGCAAAAGAGCAGACUCCCAAUUACAAGCAGCCACCUUCUUCAAUCACUCACUUUGAAUGUCUUCCUUCCUCUUUCUUAUUCUUCUAUCUUUUGGCUUCAUCCACGAUCAGAAUUAAGCCAGAUUCUUCCAAUUCCUGAAUCUGCAACACAUGAAUUCAGCCACCAACUCAAUAGGGUCAGAUUCUUUUGCUUUCAUCCCACUAAUUUUCAUCCUUAAACUUGUUUUUUGAAUCAUAUGAUUUGGCAGGGUAUAAGCAGUUUCCAAGAUUUUCUUGAUUCUUGAUCAGGUGUUGGGUCUUUGAACAUGUUCUAGUAAUAAAUCUCAAAAAAGGGUUAAAUUAAAUCAUUCUGUCCGUAUUCCAAUUUCUAGAGCAGAUUGAAGCAGCCAUGGAGACAUUGUCUCCAUCUUCCAACAGUUUGAGCUCAAGCAACAAGGUGAUGCAAGAUACCAAGAACAAACAAUGGACCGACGAACAAAACACGUGGUUUGAAAGUGCUCUUGCUAUAUUCGAUACAGAAACACCCGACCGGUGGUCAAAUGUGGCCGCUUUGGUCCCUGGGAAAUCAGAAUACGACGUCAAGAAACAGUAUGAGGUAUUGAAAGCUGAUAUCAAUAAUAUUGAAGCUGGUUUGGUACCGAUUCCGGGUUAUUUCAGUUCCUCUUUCAAAUUGGAACUGGUGGAAGAUCAUGGAUUCAGUAUCUUCAGAAAGAGGCCUUCAAAGUUCAGAUCUUUGGAUCAGGAGAAAAGAAAGGGUGUUCCCUGGACUGAAGAGGAGCACAGGCGAUUCUUGAUGGGUCUUCAAGUUCAUGGGAAAGGAGACUGGAAAAGUAUUUCUCGUAAUUUUGUGAUGACGAAAACACCGACACAAGUAGCAAGUCAUGCUCAGAAGUAUUAUGCAAGACUAAAUGCAGAUGGGAAAGAGAAGAGGAGACCUAGCAUCCAUGAUAUCACAAUGAUCAAUCUCCCAGACAAUACUAAUUCCCCAGAUGGCAGCGAUAGAUCAUCUAAAUCCUUAGGGUUACCAAAAGGCCUGCUUCACUGGAACAACUCAAGUGAAGAAACUGUGAUGACUUACCCAUUUGAGAUUGCUAAACUGAACAGAAAUGGUGGUAAUGGAAUGAAUAUCCGAGUUUACAAUUCUGGCCUCCAUUUCCAACCUACAAGGUACCAGGUUCAAGGUUAAGGAAGCAAAGUUUGUGUUUGUCGUUAACAAUCCUGUUUAUAUGUACUUCUACUUUCUUUGUAUUUCAAUAGUUUGUUUUAAUGUCUCUGUCUUAGUGAUUAUAACAUCUAUGAUAACGAUACAAAUUCCUAGAACUUAUU